AUGGAUGAAUCGACACCAACAGCGCCGCGCAUACUGGCUGAUGACUCGACUAUGGAUGUGAGUUUAGGCGACACGACAUCGAACUUGUCGACUCUUCAGAAAGGCGACGACUCAAUUUUGGGGCAUGUGCUUCUGGGAGGAGAGAGCGUGCCUGAAUCGCUGCGUUCGUUGACGGCAUCGAUUCCACGUGGGUCCGAAGAGGAAGAGACAACAGAACAAGUUAAUUUACAACUUCAACAGCUCCGCCAACUCAAUCAAGUCUUUGAGACCUACGAAGAUACACUCACAAGCAGUAUGGACGAAAUCCAGAUCUUCUCCCAAAAAAUCAAAGAGACAGAUGCUUUGCUUGACGUUUAUUUACAUUUGUUGACUCAAGCUCAGCGUCGCCGUGCACUCCUGGGAGACCCGUCCUGGUCCGGCGCGUCGCAGGAAGCAUUGCGUGAGCAAAUAGCGAAGCAAGAAGCCAAGACCCGAGCAGCUUUAGCUUCGGAGAUGGCCGCGCAGUCUGCCUCAUCUAGCACGGUCCCAAACUCAUACCGCGGUGCAUCGCGUUCUGGGCGUGGACAUCCUCCAGCGCGGCCUGCCCACCGAGGCAAUGGCAUUCGUGGUGGCCGUGGUAGUGGCGGCAGUAACAGUGUUUCGCGAGCUUCCACAUCGCGUCCUCCAUCAGAUCGUGCUACUCAUUCCACCGCUACACGUGGACACCACCCUUUGUCCUCUUCGUUCUCCCAUUCAAGCACAAGUACGUUCGAACGUUUUUUCUAUGCAGCAUUGCUUACUUGA